AUGAUUCUAUGUAAUGCUAGAUUGAUAUAUGAGAGUUUUGCGAAGCGGUGUUACAGUACAAGUAAGAUAUCUAUCAAUGAAGUAACAAAGCAAAAGUUCAGAGAGACCAUGGGCAGAAUUUGCAACCAAGCCAUGAUCCUUACAACAGCUGUUCCGAUCCAUUGUAGUCACGAUAAGUUUAGAGGUGUUACUUUAUCUAGUGUGACAUCCCUAUCCCUGAAACCAGUGCCAUUAGUUCAGUUUAAUCUUCAACUUCCGUCAUUUACGUCCGAUUUCCUUCAUGACUUCAACCAUUUUGCUUUACAUUUGAUGAAACCUAAUGCGCAAUCAAUUGAACUGGCCCGCAAUUUCAGUAAAGGAGCCAUGAGACAUGCUGAUAAUGACGAGAUAAUUCCUACACAACCAUUUAUCGGAUUGAGCGAGGGGUUGGAGUAUGAUACUUACGAAAUAGAAGGCACUAAUCUGAGAAUACCAUUGCUGAAGAAUGCGGAGAGAGUGAUAGUUUGCCAGGGAUUGAAGCAUUUCAACGUAGGUGAUCAUGAAAUAUGGGUCGGUAAGGUAGAAGACAUUGUUAACCGCUCUUUAGAAGAUGGGAUCGAAGGAGAUGAUCCCGUUAGCGGUGGGCUACUAUACUGCAACAGAGACUUUUAUUCUGUGGGAAAUCCUAUCAAGAGAAAUAAAGAAUAA